GCGACAGCAGCGCAGUCGGCAACCUUACCGCUACCCAGCGCCCGUGCGCUCCCGGCCUUUUCCAUCGGACCCCGUGACCCUUUAAACAAUUUUAAUAAACAAAAGAAUUGCGGUCUGAUCCCCUGACGUUCGACCAUCCUUAAAACCAAACCAUUCAUUGAUAAAUAUAGUGCUAGUGUAUAGUGCCAUAACCAAGAAUACCUGGUCGUUCUGGUCAUCUGCUCUUCAAGGUACACGUGAUAGAAUCGAUAGAAUCCUUGGUGUACCCAUCUCCCCAAGGUCACAGCGAGGGUAGUGGCAUAAAUGGCAAGCGCGGGCAGAAUGCGGAGGCGCGUGGCACGAUGAGCUAGCGAUAUGGUGGGGGAGGGGGCGGGCCGCGGCGCCGCGCAGUGGCAGGUGGGCGACUCGCCCCCGCGCGCGCCCAUGGGCUUCGCGGCGCCGCACGAUGCCUCGCUCAGCCUCGCGCCGGCGCCGCCCGGCCAGACCGCCGCGGCCGCCGCAGCAGCGCUGCAACGGGCGCAUUCCAGGUCGAUGUCGUCGCUACCACCGGAGCCGUUCAUGAUGCUCCGGGCUAAGGCCCUGAGCAAACGGGUGAUAAUAAACGUUGGUGGUGUCAGACACGAGGUCCUGUGGCGGACAUUGGAAAGGCUGCCACACACACGUCUUGGCAGACUACGGGACUGCAACACACAUGAAGCGAUCACUGAACUCUGCGAUGACUACUCCUUGCAAGAUAAUGAAUAUUUUUUUGAUAGGCAUCCAAAGAGUUUCAGUUCGAUAUUAAACUUCUAUCGGACUGGCAAGUUGCAUUUAGUGGAUGAAAUGUGCGUAUUGGCAUUUAGCGAUGACCUUGAAUAUUGGGGUGUAGACGAACUGUAUUUAGAAUCGUGUUGUCAGCACAAAUAUCAUCAGAGAAAGGAACACGUUCACGAAGAAAUGCGCAAGGAAGCGGAAAGUUUGCGCCAAAGAGAAGAGGAAGAAUUUGGGCAAGGCACUUGCGCCCAAUACCAGAAAUGGUUGUGGGACUUGUUGGAGAAACCCACUACGAGUAUUGCGGCCAGGGUUAUCGCCGUCAUUUCAAUCCUCUUCAUCGUGCUGUCCACGAUAGGGCUCACUCUCAACACAAUACCUCAGAUGCAAGUCUCGGAUGAGAACGGCACCCCGAUGGACAACCCGCAGCUAGCGAUGAUCGAAGCCGUGUGUAUCACGUGGUUUACCCUCGAGUAUGUGCUACGAUUUAGUGCGUCACCGGAUAAGUGGAAAUUUUUCAAAGGUGGACUUAACGUGAUAGAUUUGCUGGCGAUAUUGCCAUACUUCGUUUCCCUAUUUCUUCUAGAAACAAACAAAAAUGCGACGGACCAAUUUCAAGACGUGCGCCGCGUUGUCCAAAUAUUUCGUAUUAUGCGAAUAUUACGUAUCCUAAAACUCGCCCGACAUUCUACCGGCCUGCAGUCUCUAGGUUUUACACUUAGGAAUUCUUAUAAGGAACUCGGACUUUUAAUGUUGUUUCUCGCGAUGGGAGUUCUCAUUUUUUCAUCACUGGCUUAUUUCGCGGAGAAAGAGGAGCCAGGGACUAAAUUCAUUUCGAUACCUGAAACAUUUUGGUGGGCCGGCAUUACUAUGACCACAGUGGGGUAUGGGGACAUCUAUCCGACUACGCCUCUGGGCAAAGUUAUCGGAUCAGUAUGCUGCAUUUGCGGCGUGCUGGUAAUUGCGUUACCCAUCCCUAUAAUCGUCAACAAUUUCGCCGAGUUUUACAAGAACCAGAUGAGGCGCGAGAAGGCGCUUAAGCGUCGCGAGGCGCUGGAGCGUGCCAAGCGCGAGGGUUCCAUUGUCUCCUUCCACCACAUAAACUUACGAGAUGCGUUUGCCAAGAGCAUGGACCUCAUCGACGUCAUCGUCGACACAGGACACAACUUGUCCCAGGCGGACGGCACAAGUCUGGAAGGUGAAGCGCCGCCCAACUCCGGCUGCUACAAGCAAUAUGAGCAUGCUAUCGCCGAUAGGAUGCCACAGGCUGAUCCUCUUCAGUUUCAGAGUAGUCCUAAGACGGAUCGUCGCUUCUCGGCAGAAGGCUUGGGCUCACCGGAAAAACGCUUGCUCAUAAACCCUGAACAAACACCAGAGAAGAAGAUGGCUGAAAAACAGCUUGACUUGGAACAGCUGCCUUCAGAGUUUGAAUGUUGUUUUUGCACGUUUAAGGGUUAUAAAGAGUUCAUAGAUGCUGAACAGCUUAUGCCAAUGUCUACAUCAGAUUUGCGACAGCCAGUUUGCGUAGAAUUGGCUUGUUUGCAGAGACACCCGGCACCGCGCGCGCUACCUGAAGCUACCCCUAACAGUCUCGAUAGCCCCGAUACAUUUGCAUCAUGCCUUACGCACCCUUUUCCUUCAGAGGGCGACAUCACGUGCGAGAUCGACUCCUCAAACUUGUAUGUGAAUCCGCUGGACGGUAGCGGGGGGAGCGGCGAGGGUGCGGGGGUUUGCAGAAGUGCUUCGGGUGAUGUGGGCGUCUUAUGUGCGAAAGAUUCGCAGGCCGAUAGCUCGCCGCGUGGCUCCAGAGCCAGUUUGAGCGCGGUCGGAGCGGCUAGUGCAGCGACGGCAGAUCCACUGCCGCUGUACUCCUCUCGAGCCAGCCUGGCUCAGCUAGAGGAAUCCCCCGCAGACGAUUCCAAGCCCAAACAUAGAAAAGCAAGAUUUCAGCAGGUGUGGUCGGAGGAGGAGAAGAAACCGCCUCGAGGGAUAGCGACGAGGAUAAUUAACCAUCACAUCCUAUUUGGUAAAAAUGGCAAUAAGCGCGGGAGUGGCGGCUGGCCCCUUGAGGGAGACAGAUCUCGUUCCAUACUUAAGAACAAAGAGUCCCGGGGCACAGACAGCGAGCUGCUCCUGCAGGAGACCACCUCGCUUGGAAACAACGGUGAUUCUGGUAGCGAGUCGUCCCCUAUACGUCUCAAAGACUUCAAGGGGCACAACCAUAAAGCCGGCAUGGAGAGAAGCAACCUUGUGUCGUAGUAUCAUUGUCUGCACGCCCUGCUACAUGCUGCGGCCCCAUUUUGUAGUGAAAUUUAUGCCGCACCCUUCGGCGUAUGCUAUAGAUCUAAUUAGAACGCAAUAAAAUAAAAAAAAUACAUAAAAAAACAUAUCAUUGGGCGAUUGUGACUGCUUGUUGAUAGUUUUCAUUUCGUAGUUUUAUAAAUAUGUAAAUUAUGUAUUUAAGGUGAAAUUGUUCAUUCCAAUCGAAAAGUUGAAAGUACCUACUUGUUAAGUUUUUUACGUGCAAUUAUUAAUUGCUAAUUCUAAUUUAAGCGUAUAGUUUGUACAGCAUAGUUGAAUGAAAAGCAAUUAUUAAAGAAUUUCUGAAAUUGUUA